GGCGGCCAUCUUUAGGAGGAGAGUGGCGGCCAUCUUUAGGUGGAGCUUGGCCCUACUCAUUCUGCAUGACUGGAGUCUGCCCAAUGGGUCUGACCUUUGGCCAAAGGCAGUGAGCUAGGCCCUUGGUUUGAGGAAGUAGUCUGAAAAGAGGGAUGUUUGAUUUUGAUUGGAUCAUUUAAAAAUGUAGAAUCUCUUUGUCUUGUUGCUCCAAAUGGCCCACCCUACCUUAACUCUGUUCCUAUCACAGAAUGAGGAAACACAAAAAAGAGAACCAGAGAAUCAACCAACGAAGACACAAACCACAAGGCAUAAAUAUAACUGAGCAGAGUCACUGUUGAUCCUCAUCACCAGAAGUCCCGCCCCUCUCUGCCCAUUGGCCAACCCAUGAACUCAGGCGGAGAGCGAGAGAUUGUGUGAGAUAAGCUCAGCAGCUCAUCAACACUCCUAUUUCCCUGUCUUCAGAGAACAUUCGUAAGCAAACAUCCACAAUACCUUGUUUAUAGGUCAGCGUUUGAAUUCACACACUUUGUUGAGGGGUAAUAUCUGGGGGUCACUGAGAUACAAUCAUCAUGAAGACAUUUAGUUGAAGCUUAUUCUGCAGUUAUUGUACUUUAGACAUGGUCCUUGUCCAUGUUACCCUGUCGUGUUUAAUAAAGGCUGAUCAAUAAUCUAUAUUCACUGGAGAAACUCCAAAGGUGACCGAUGUUGGCCGAGUACAUUGAGGCCCAUCGUGCAUCUCUAAAUUUGAUGAGUCCUCCAGUUUAUGAAGUAAUUCCUGAUCUAAAUAAGGCAUUAAGAUUGUUAAAUAGAAUAAUAGAAAGUAAGACUCAACUUCAAAUGAUGGUUUUUACGAUCGGGUCCAAGCUGUAGAUCAAUCCAAAGAAAAGGGACUACUUCUAUAAAACACGUUGAUAAUGCGACUAUAGGGACGUUGACGUUCUACUGGGCCAAUAUGAACUGAAAUGUUCAUUGGAUGUCUCGUCAAUGAGAGAGGGAGAAGGGCAGCUAUAUAUGGACUUUGAAGCAUUGUGAAGAGAGGGUCAUGGCUAUUGCAGAGUGUCUAAAAGGUGGAAGUUAAACGUGAAGACUACCGCCGCCAUCCCCUUCAGCUUCACCCUCCCCCUUGUCGACGUAAAGGAAGGCGUAGACAUUUUGCACGUUAAGCGGUUGGGCCUCGUCAGGAACUGCACCUUGAAGAUGAUCAAGAAAGUGAAACAGGACGCAAAGAGGUACUACGUUCGCUUCAAGACCAACGUCGACAGCGGACAGCAUGGAGUCACAGUAUAUAUCCCUAGAAGACGCUCUGGAUCAAGGGCAUUUCAUGAUUCCUUGUAUCUGCAAACUGACGUGAUAGAGUCCAUUUCCUGUAGCCUUUCACAAUCAGCCAUUCAGCCCUCCCCCUGACGGUAACAUCCACAGACACAGAGAGGAAGCUACGGAGCAGAUGAAGACGAAUCCAUGGACCCUCUCUGUGCUCCUGCUGCUAGCUGGGCCGCUGGGGGCGGACCCUGACUGGUACGAGGAGUACCCUGACUGGGCGGACCCUGACUGGCACGUGGAGUACCCUGACUCCUUCUGCGUGGUGGAGGGCUCCACCGCCACCAUCCCCUGCAGCUUCACCCACCCCGCGGGGCGCCGGGUGGAGCGGGUGGUGUGGUGCACCAAUGAUGAGUUCUGCCAGCGCCUUGUGUUCAACGUGUACGAUAGCAGCAGCGUCCGGGCUGACAGAAGGUUCCAGUACCUGGGGGACCGCGUCGGGAACUGCACCUUAAAGAUCAUCAAGAUGGUGAAACGGGACACUGCGAUGUACCGCUUCCUCUUCCAGGCCAACGUCGAUAAGUACACCGGACCGAAAGGAGUCAUAGUCAAGGUCACUGAUGGAGAGGAUGUGAAGGUCAGAAGCUCCGUCACUGACCAUGUGGUGAAAGAGGGCGGUCAGGUCACACUCACCUGUACCUCAGCCUGCUCCUUCCACCAAUUGGACGUCCACUGGUACAGAAAUGGCCACGCCCUAUCAGAUACAGGCCCCGCCCUCCACCUCAGCGGUCUGACCAAUAACAACACAGGGAAUUACACCUGCUCUCUGGACUCCAGUGGGCAGAAAACCUCUGCGCCUUGGAGUCUAUUGGUGUUGGUAGAUGAAGGCAGGUUUGUCUGGCACCUUACGGUGUCGGUGGUGUUGAAGGUGCUGUGGGCUGUGUUCCUUCUCCUCCUGGCUGGGCUGGUCUUCGCUAAAAGGUCAGCCCCUGGACCGGAACAUGAGAUCGUCUACAGCGAGGUCGUUGGCUGAACCAAACUCAAGCAGCGACUCCUCUUCCUCCUCCAGUGAUGACGAGAUAAGGGAACACUGACGUCAUCAUGUCUGUUGUCUGUCAUCACAGACUUAUUGGUUGAGUCUUGUUCUUUUCAGUUUUUAUUUCUGAUUGUAGCAUUUCUUAUGAUUUCAGUGUUUUAUGCAUUUUAGUUUUCUUUCUUUAUUGUAUGUUGUUGUUUAUUCUGAAUAUACCUAAGGUUGUCUGAAUAACGGUGAGGUUUGUAAAGACUGGUCCUGCUCCAUUCUGGUCCGGAUGAUUAGGCUAUGUUUAAAAAAGUGAGAUCCUUCUCAAUUUCUCGACGGCAAGGCGGCUCAUUCGUUAGUUAGCCUAAUGACUUCUCAGUGCAAAUCAAACCAGCUAAUCGGCUAACUGAAAUAAAACCAUGACAAUCUGUAGGUAUAGUGAAAGGUAUUUGAUGAUGUGGGGCUAUUUUAAUUCCAAAGGCUAAGGGGACUUAAUCAUGAUGCAUAGUAUCCAUGAAAUAACUGGCUUUUAACAAAUAAAAUCUACCUGCCUCUACAGCCUACCACUGUAUGUGUGUAUGUGUAUAUAUAUAUAUAUAUAUGUACACAUUGUUUUUACUAUGCACUUAUUUACUGCAAUUCAUGAUAUAAUCAAUAAACUCAGAACA